UCCAUGACCUCAUGGCAGCCACACGUGAAAGCUCGACGAGCAGCUCGGCUAGUGCCAAGGAACAAAGGGCACAACUGACCUGUCCCAUUCCUUUCACUCUUUGUUCCCUUGUUCUUUUUUUUUCUCCCUUUCUCACGAGACUUUUCUCUCACACCAGACAGACAUCACGUCGCCGACCCGCCUGCUACUUAUCUGCUUGUCCCCGCGUUUCCUCAACCGCCUGCAGCCUGUUGUUCCAUCGCCACCAGCUUUCAUGUCUGUCCAACAAUAUCUACAUUUAUUGAAUACUGCCUAUCACGACUCCGCGCCUCUGGAAUAACUCGUCCAUAUAUACAAAUCUGUGGUACAUUGAGACCUAUCUGAUCCUUGCCCACUGCUCGCCAGUUUGUCCAUACGGACCAUCCCCCGCACUUUCGCAUACACAUCACUGCCUGUUCUCACCCCGCGGCCAAUCUGGACCGCCAGCACAUCCGCCAAUAAGCCAGCAGCCUGAUAUUGAGCUGUCAUACUCCGACCGGUGUACACAUUGUGCGCCCUGAAAAAAAUCCAACCACAGGGAAAAAAUUAUCGCUACCUUUCUGAGAGGCCUCUGUCGCCCACACAGCAUUAAUACACGACGAUGCGCGACCUCCGUAGACAAGCGCUCGAGAGCGGGAAGACGGUGUCACGGAAAGCACGAUCAAGAGUUGUGUCGGCCCAGUCUUCGAAGCCAGGCUCUAGGCUGAACUCACCCGCGCGCUCGUCGAAACCGGGCUCACACAACCCCAGUCGCCACGGGUCGGAUGAUGAGGGUUAUCUCAGUGACGAUACAGCUACGAGUGCCAACUCGAUCGAUGAUAUCCUCAACAACGACGAAGCUGCCUACCCUGAGGAUGCGUGGUUAGCAGAUCUGAAUACCUUCAUGGAGCAGAUCGCAGAUCGCAAAGGCAGCAGCACUGAGGGGCGCGCCCUGAGCCUAGCAAACUACGCGCACAUCGUCAUGACUCGAUACACGAAAGAUACUAUCGAGCCUCGGAUGAGCGAGUUGCUACCUUCGAUGAUUAAGAGCAUCAAGCAGGAGACAUCAGAAGAUGAGACGGCUGCUGCUCUCAAAGCGCUCGGUGUCACAAUCAUCACCCUCGACUCCGACGAGAUUUAUGAUGAUGUUGUAAACGUCCUGAAACAUACCAUCGCAUACUCGGAAUAUAUAUCGCUCAAGACUAGCGCUAUUCGCACUCUUGGGACUGCUGCUUUCUUUGGUGGGACAUCAGAAGAGGAGCUGGAGGAUUUGCUUGCAUACUUCCUCGACAUUGUCGAAUCGGAUGGCUUAUCAGUGGAAGCACAUGACGAGCCUUCUGUUGUCACUGCUGCUCUCGAAGAGUGGGGCAUGCUCGCGACUGCUACCGAUGACAUUCAAGAAGCCACAGAAGCUGCCAUUGAAGCAUUCGUGGACCAACUCGACAGCUCCGAUACGGCUGUACAGAUCGCCGCGGGUGAGAAUAUUGCACUCAUGUACGAGAAGUCAUACACACCUGUGGAAGACGGCGAGGAAGUCUCGGACGAGGAGGAAGACGAAGAAGAGACACAAAACGGUGAACGCAUGGUCAAACGGUACGAAGUGUAUCGACGAACGGACCAACUCAUGCACACGCUUGAGCAGCUUGCUAAGACGACGGACCGCAGCAUCAAGAAGAAGGACCGCAAGUCUCUGCACUCCAACUUUGUCGACAUUCGGAACACAGUGGAGAAGCCAGCGCGUGGCCCGCGCUACUCGACUGCUAUCGAUCAAGAAACUGGCAAGACGUACGGUGGUGGACGACUGAAGUUUGAAAUCCUCAAGGUCAAAAUCAAUCGCACUGUUGAAGUGCGACUGGAUCGGUGGUGGAAGUUGAAGAGGUACAUGUGCAUGAAGAAGAUGCUUGCUGCUGGGUUCCAACAUCAUUUCGACGAGAAUGAUGCGGUGUCCAGAUGUUUACCGUUCUCACUCACCAGUAAAUUCUGGAAGGGAUAA